AUUCUUACUCAAAGGUCAGUUUAUAACCUAAAGAUUCGCACAUUUAAUUUUUUAUUUCCACACGUAGGUACAACCCAGGAGUGCCUAAAUUUUACAGUUGCCUCAACCAAAACAUAGUAAAUCCCACAGGCAAUGUCAAACCAGUGUGAAAACAUAAAAUCGCACUAUGUCAACAAGACGCUUCCAGGGUAAGAAUGGUCCUAACCACUACUACCAUAACCUGUUGGACCAAAAUGACCCCUCUUGCGUCUUUAAAAAACGCACUGGAACCACCGACGAUGGAGGACUAUUCGAAGAAGUCUACGUUGCACAUUUGUUGUUGAACCUAAUCAACAAUGAUAAAAUUACAAAAUUUAACGUGUGGUCAAACCACCCACAUUUUGGCGCUAUGGACGACGUGGUCUUUGACGUGUAUUCCAAUGAUGUUAAUCUCAAAGGGACGUAUGCAGUGCAGUUGAAGUAUGCAACCGCCGGAGGAAUUUUAACCAAACAGGCAUUAGUGGCCAAAAAAGGGGAUUUUAGUGUUAUGAAGUAUUUCCAGGAAUAUCGACAAAAAACAACAACGGUUGGAACUUUCAAAUUCAUUCUUGUCACUAACAGAAAGUUUGACAUUGACGAUAAAGAACUUGUGAUGGAGAAUGACAAUGUGAAGUUUAACGUAUCUAUAAAGAAAAUCAAGAAGAAGAAGAAACACUUUCGCUUUGAGAUAGUGGACACUAAUGCAACUGCUAUACAAGACUACGAACACUUUUUCAAAAAUUUUACCUUGAUUACCAACUGCGACUCCAUUGAUGAAAUCAACAAAAACAUUAGAGAGAUUUUUAUAUCAAGGUUUAGUUGUCAGGACGAACUAAUUUUUAAGAGGUAUAUAGAAUUCGUGGGGAACUGGAGCAAGAACAUGAGUCAGAAAACUACACUGCAUUCAUCUUUCGCUAAACACGUGAUUGCGUUAUUAAUACUAUCACCGACACGAUUUCUUUCUUUUGACCAAGAACCCGAAGGCAAAAAAUUCAAACUGCUAAGAAAAGCUAUCUCAAAAUUCGACGUUAUUUGUCUUUCAAGUGACGCCUACCCCAAAGUUAAAAAUUGGUGGUACGGUUUGAAGGAAAGACAGUCGGUGAACAAUUUGGAAUAUUUGAAACGAGCAAGACAGUACCAAAUUUUUGGAUCCAGAGUCAAGUCUUUGAAAGACCUCAAUGACGAAGAGUGGACGAAAUUCUUGUGGUUGUUGGGUAAAUGCCCUUUAGUAGUAGAAGACAGUGAGGCAACUCGGAAAGCUAUAGGUCUCUGCGAACGAAAAAAGUUUAUCGUUUUUAACGUUAAAUCGGUUGUGAGUUAUUCCGUUUUUCGUCCUUUUCGUAGUUUGCUAAAUCUGAAGAAAUGGAAGAUUUUGUACAAGAGGAUAUUGUCGACGUUUACUUGUUCCAUUCAAGGUAAACGGGAGAUUAGGUUGGAAGAUUUAAUCGACAAGAGGGAGAAAAUCGUCGCUAUUUUGGACGCAGACAAACUUGUGGCGAUGGUAGAUGAAGCACUCUUGAUCGGGCAACCAGAGGAUCUUCCACCGUCACCGAUAUCUAGGUUUCUAUCAAGGAACAUGAUCAAGUACAAGUUCUUAGACAAAAUAGAUUUACAAAAAAAUCUUGUAGUGGUUAGUUGUGUGUCUUCAGUAACUACAUUCAAAAAGCAAUUUCCGCACGUAGAAGCCAUCGAUGUGGACGAGUUUUUGACUGACGCAAACUCCGGCACCAAACAAGACGAGUUCGUAGUACUAAGCGAGAACGACAUAUCAAAAGAAGAAUUCGCAACUAUAUGUAAAAAGGUACCUCGUGGUCGACGUUGCUACCAUUUGCGUUACUUCUCUUCCACGGACGGCUUUGAAUGGGUCCGAAGUUCAACAAAGAACCAAAACCUAACUCAAUUUUUACUAAGUGGUACUUUCAUUGAAGAAUCAGAGCUGACGCGGUCCGAAGACGACAAUAUCAAUCUCGUGUGUGCCGACCCCGGUAUAGGAAAAACCACUCUUGCGAAAACUUUGAAAAACAUCAGUGCGCCAACGACCUGGAGCGUCCUCAUUUAUGUCAGAGACCAUUCGAAGUACUUCCGCGAAAAAGGAGACAAUGUCGAUAACUUCAAAACCUACAUAGCCAACACAAUCAAAACGCAGAAUAGUCGUUUCGACUUUCAAGUAGUAGAAGCUUUGUUUGCAGAAGGUCGGGUCAAGUACUUUUGGGAUGGUUUAGACGAACUGUCUGAUAACGGAUUCAGAACAGUCAAGAGCAUUAUCAAGGAACUGUCAAAAGCUGAUUACUCUCAACACUGGAUUACUUGCAGAAGUCUCUUGCGUGAGGAUCUAGAAAACUACUUCCACGUUUUAUCACGAACGUUGAAAGAGUUCGACGAGGACGACCAGAAGACGUAUCUCAAGAACCGGUUAGAGUGCUCGGACCAAGAACUGGACGAGAUUUUCGUCAAGAUAAGGAACAACAUCCGGCUGUUUCCUCACAACGACAUUCUAGGGAUACCUUUACAGAUAUAUAUUUUGUCGGAACUGUUAUUGAGGGAUCGCCUCAGAUACAGUCGUUUAUUGGACGAAAUUUUUUCAAUCGCCGAUUUGUACGAACGCUUCGUCGAGGAGAAAUUUAACUUCCACUUUAGAGAGAAGGAAGGGAUCGAGAACAUGGAGGACGUGAACGAUUUGGUUUAUGAACGAAUAACCAAAGAAAAAAAUAAUCAACUAAGUUAUUAUAAAGAAUCGGCUUUGAGGCUCUACUUCGACGAAACGGUUUUACAGAAGCUUGAGAUUAAGAGAGAACUCGUCGCAGAUAAGGAUCCUGCAGGAUUUAUCACAGAUGUCAGCGACAAAGCGGAGUUCUUCCACAACUCCUUCGGCGAAUACUUUGCAGCUGCCUAUCUUGCACAACACAGAGAAAAACUCCUUCACAUUCAAAACUUCACUUUUGACUCAAAAUACAACAAUAUUCGGUUUUUCUUUGAUUUGAUUUUGGCGAAAAAGUCGCCAAUUCAUGUUGCAGUGUUGUAUAAGAACCACCAUCUUGUGGAAAGUUUUCAAGAUGGUGAGUUUCGUAAAGUGGAUGAAGGGGGGAGGAGCGUGCUAGAAGUGGCGUGUUUAUGGUGCGAGAAAUAUCCGGUGGUGAACGUCCAAGCCAAGGAAAAUAUUUUCGUCGUGAAAAAACCACCACAUUUUCGCAACAUGAAACCUGAACCAGAAAUAAAUGGAAAAAUCCUAGUUUUACUGCUGCAGAAAUAUGAAGAAGAAGAAAUUCAGAGGGUCUUACACCAGGAAUCGCUGUUUCACGAAUCAAACUUCAUCCGAGUUUUACCCUUGAUUCUCUUGACAAAAAAGACCAACAAGAGAACGGAUUUCUUCGCAGAAAACAUUUUCACGGUUCUCCAAUACUGCGUUCUUUUUGACUAUGAAGACUUGAUUGACACGUGCCAAGAAAUCUGGCAGAUGCGUGAUAGUUCCGGUAGUUCGAUUAUCCACCAGAUCGUACAAUACAAAUCAAUAAAGGUGAUGAAAGCGCUAGCAGCCAAAAAGAAAGAUGAGAAAUUCUUGGCAAAAAACGAAGAAAAUCUUCUUCAACUUGCUUGCGUCAACGGCGACUAUGAAAUGGUCGACUUUUUAAUACAACACGGCGCAAAUUUGAAUUCCGUGGAUUCAAACAAGAAAACACCUAUACACCAUGCUUGUUUUGGAGGAGACUACGCCAUCUGUAGGCUAUUACUUAAGCAUGGUGCGCACUUACACUUCGAGACUGCUUUUAGCAAAACCUUGCUUCACCACUGCUGUAGUAAGGGGAUUUUUGAGAUGGUUCAACUGUUGAUUGAGUACCGAGCACCCGUAAACUUUGUAGAUACCUACGGAAGGACGCCUCUUCAUCUAGCUUGUGCCUACGGUCACUACGCCAUUGCGGAAUAUUUAACUACUUUCGACAUAACGAUCGAUGUUGAAGAUUUAGAUGGCAAAACGCCGUUGUACAACGCCGCUCUUAGCAAACAUGACAAAAUUUGCGAACUGUUGCUAGAAAGAGGUGCCUACUUAGAUUAUGUUAAUCGAAAAGGGUUGAUGUACAUACACAUGGCUUGCAAAUGGGGACACAAGUCCGUAGUGAACGUCCUGAUCGAGAAGCUAACUCCAGCGGUACUAAAUUGUCGUGAUUCAGAAGGACUGACUUCAGUGCAUCAUUGUUGCAUCAACAGACUUUCUAGUAUUUUAGCACUAGUGAUUGCGAAUGGUGCUGAUGUUAAUCUUGUUGAUACUACAUACGGAAGGACGCCUCUACAUUACGUGUGUAGAAAAAGUACACACUAUGAAAUCGUGGUAAUGUUGCUUGAAAAUGGUGCUGCCUUGGAACGUACUGAUAAUACUGGUGCAACACCAUUAUACCGUGCAUGCUGUAGUCUAAAUGAUCACAUUGUUCAGCUUUUGGUUCAAAAAGGUGCAAACUGCAACGCUUGCACGAAUGAGGGUAAAACUCCACUGCAUCACGCUUCAGGACAAGGAUUAGAUUGGAUCAUUAAGUUGCUGAUAGAAAAUGGAGCGGAAAUAAAUCUUCCAGAUAAGAGUGCACGAACGCCUUUAAAUUAUGCUUUCGCCAAAGAUCACUACGACGCCAUGGAAAUUUUGACUCGACAUGGAGCUAAAUUUUAUGGUUACACUAAUUAAUUAAAUAUGAUCUAUAAACCUAAAACACUGCCAUGUUAGUACUUAAUAGUAAAAUCUAGCCAAAUAUUCGAACAUUGUUCUAAAGACAAGCAUA